AUGUAUAUUGUUGAAACGAAAAGAUAUUCUGAUUUGAAAAAUGUGAGUGCUCCUUAUAAAAGCUGUGGCCGUUUUGAGUCGGAACUAAUUGCGGAAAGCAAUAAUAGGAAGGAGCUGUUAACUCUGAAGCAGAAGUUAGAGGCUGAAGAAAAAAAUUCAUCUGAAUCUACAUUAAAAACGACUGUGAAUAGUGAAAUCACAGUCAUUUCAAGCAAAGAUGAUGAAAAAUCCAAUCAAAGACAAGCUUCAUCCCCUAAUGUCAAAUGCCGUAGGAUGCGUUGGUCUGAAGAAGAGAAACGAAUAGCUUCAGAAGGCUUCAAAGAAUACAUUAUGAAUAAUACAUUGCCAUCAUUCCAAAAAAUGCACGAGGUCAUGAAUACAAAUCCAGGUGUAUUUCAAAGAAGUGUAGCCACUAUUAAAACCUGAGUCAAAAAUGAAAAGCUGAAAAAAUCAAGAGAGGGAAUUAAAUAAUGGGAUAUCCA